AUGUCAGAAGACAUGCAACAAGAUGCUGUCGAUAUUGCAACUCAAGCACUUGAAAAAUACAAUAUCGAAAAAGAUAUUGCCGCUUACAUCAAAAAGGAAUUCGACAAAAAAUACAAUCCAACAUGGCAUUGCAUUGUCGGUCGUAACUUUGGUUCGUAUGUAACACAUGAAACCAAACAUUUCAUCUACUUUUACUUGGGCCAAGUCGCUAUCUUACUCUUCAAAUCUGGUUAA